UGGAACAUGCGUAUCGCAGUGGUACAGAGGAAGCUAGCAAUGUGGAAGGCUAGGUAUUUGUCUUUUAUGGGCAAAGUCCUGGUCCUAAAGGUGGAUGUGUUGCCGCCUCUUUUGUAUUUGGCAUACAUCUACCCAUUGCCGGCUUGUCUGAGGAGGCCUCUAGUGAGGCUUGUGUUUCAGUUUAUGUGGAGUGGCAGGUGCGAGUGGGUCGCCAGGGCACGCAUGAUCUGUCCCAUCGGGGAGGGAGGUAGGGGGGUACCACAUUUCCCCCUCAAGCUGGACUCAAUUUUUGUUUCUUUCUUGUUAGCGGAGCUUGCUCAGCCAGUGAUACACCCGUCCGGUUACCUCCUGCGGGUGUUCUUCUCGUACCAGGCGAGAAGCGUAAUGGUGUGGUCUAACGCGGGUCCUCGGGCGGAACAGCUGCCGUGGCACUUUGGCCAUGCGGCAAAGUGGCUGCGUGCGCACCCCGAGGUUGAAGUUGCCCGAGUAGGUUUAGAUCACAGGCACCUGUACGAAGAGGUCAGGCAGGCAGGGAGUCCUGCGCCCGUAGCGGGCAUCUCGUCAGUGUUCUGGGAGGGAGUGCAGGCGUGGGGCCUGGACAACAGGCUCAAGGACCUGAAUUGGUUGAGCCUCCACAAGUGCUUGCCGGUACGUUCCAUCAUGUACCGGCAUAGUUUGUCGCGAUCCCCCACCUGUCCAAGAUCUGCUUGUGGCAGGGAGGAGACUGUGCGCCAUGCCUACUAGUAUGGGCUAGGGCACGGGUAUUGCUAGGUGUGGUUAGGAGUGAUUUUGUGUUGACAUGGGAUAGGCUAGAGAGAGGCGUAGGGAGAGUGAGGGGAACGGAUAGGGACAGGUUUCUACUCUGGCUUCUCAUGAGUCUCUUUAAAAGGGGACUGUGGGAAGCCAGGCAGAAUUUAGUCAAGACAGGGAGAGAUUGGGGGGUGGAAGGGAUAGUGAGGAGUGUGGAAGGUGAUUUGAGGGGGAGGAUGAAGAGGGAGGAUAGGAAGUGGGGGCAGCAUGCAGCAUGCAUGGGAGAGGUGGAAGGGGGGAUUAGGGCUGGGAGUGUUGGAGUGAGAUUUGUAAAGGGAUAGAUUAGGGAAGGGGAGAUAGGGAAAGGGUUAGGUAUUGGUU